GUAUCACGAAAAGUGCGCCUGCGUACACUUUUCAUUGUCUAGUUUAAGAGCAUGAAUGGCAACUCGUUAAACAAGAAAUCGUUUGUGUCGUCUUCGACUACAGCCUCACAUACAUGACCGUAAACCUAGUAGCUCUACGUUGCUCGGUCUUGAACGUAAUCUGAGUCAGCUGUUUGCUAUACGUUGGUUGGGCUUAAAGAUCAAAGGAAAAUUCGACGCGGCUCGCGCCAAGAAUAAGAAAGAUACCUGCCGCCAUAGAUAGCGCUUCUUCCUGGAGUUUCCCAACACUGUCUUGCCGAUUCCGCUUCCGCAGCAGGAGAACUACUUACUUGUACGUAGCAGAUCUUCGUACGAAAGCCUUUAUAUUCUUUUCUACCGUGUAUGUUUCCCAGUCAGUUGUUUUUUUGUGUUUGGGUGUAGCCAGGGAGAUAGUCUUAGAUUAUAUUCGAUCAGAACAAAGAACUUCAAGGGCCUCGUCCUCUCAUUUUGUUGACUCAAAUUUUAGAAAAACCAAGAAUAGAGAAGAGUAUGAAAUGUGGGCUCCUUGGGGUGGUUGGCGUGCGGCUCCUACGAGUUACGCCGGCGUCUGUGUGAACUACUCCAUGACCCCCCGCCAGCGCAAGUACGUCAACGAUUUCCUAUGAACUGCAAAAGUAUCGUACAACUCGUAUAAAUGCAUUACAAAUUUCCUCAGCAUCAGAAAUAAAAUUGUAAUGCGGAUUUCCCUGAAGAAAAAGAUUUGUAAUGCAAGACUUGCAAUUUAUACGAACGAAUACGAUACUUUUGCGCAGGAUAUUUCCAAUCCGAGUACAAUUGCGAGUAUCGUCCCUGCGUGUACGUGGAUCCCAUCUCCGACAAGUACGAUUUCGUCCCCGAUUACCCCGUGGUGAAGAAAGAAACACACUGUCAUUGGGAAACGCCUCGGGUGCCCCCGUACCACCGCGUGCAUUUGCCUCUUCCCGCAAACACUAGGUUGGUGGCGGGUCCUCGCGGGCACAACAGCCGGGACCGAAUGAUCAUGACGCAGCCGCCUGCCAUGGUACUUCGUUCUAACGACCCAUCGGUUUUGAUACAGAAGUUGCGCAACAUUCGGUUGUUUGAAUCUCAUCUUCACGAUGCAUACUUGUAGUUACAAGCAACUGAAAUAAAUAGAGAGCAAACUCAUUCAUCAGAUUAGCGCUCGGAGCAGUUCCUCGCGGUCCUACAGCUCGGACCCGCACUAUGACGCCCCCGUGCACCGUCUCUACCAGCAGGACAGCGCGGCCAUGCCCGCACCGUUGCGACGAAAGUUGCGCCGACACCAGCAGCGGCUGCGCGUUGAAAACGUCGCCGCGCCGGGGAUGAGUUCGCUCCCCUUUGCGAACGACGAGGACCGGUUGAUUCCACACCCGGGAUCCCGGCGUCGAGCGCACUCUGCGCAUGUGAAGAGACCCAACUGGCGGGUGCUCGGCUCGGAAGGCAUGGACGAACCCGUGCAGCGGGCUUGGAUGGUACAAUUUAGUGAAAAUUUAUCUUGCUGCUGUCCUUGCGAAGAAUAGCGAAGCCUCAAGCAAAUUCCGCCGAUGCAUCGAUACUAGGGAAUAUGUUCAAUGUUGAUGCAUGGAUGUUGGUUCUGGUUGUACUUAUCAAAAGUAAAACGCAUUUUCUACGAAUUAUAUGACUUUAAACUGUAACUGCGGUCACCCUCACCACCAGGUGAAAACUGGUUACGACCCGAACUGGAAGCCUUUGCCGAAUUACUCCUCCGCCUGGAGCCGCCCGGGAUUGAACUUUCUUCCGCGCUCAAUCGACAUGAUGCCUACCGGCACCGAUUGGCAGAGCGCGCACUGUCGCACGCGGCAGGAACGUGCCUUGCUGAAGCAGGGCUGGUAAACACGGGGAAGCUUUUCUGAGAGCACGGUUUUUUGUCGUGGUAACCAGCCGCGAGAACGAGAAGUAAAUACUGUGUGCGAGGAAGAAUAAAAACCUCGUACACGACACGAUUUACAAUUUCGCCGCAGAGAACAGAAUCGUAAUCAAAGAACAGUAGAAGGCUAAGCACACACCAGUUCGUUGUAACUUUUUUAGUUUGAAUUUCAUUUUUCACUUUCACUCUUAUUCACACGUGCAAAAAGAUGAAUUUAACAUACUACUACAGGAAAUCUAUGCGAAUGUGCUGAUUGUGCUGUACAUUAUUUUGUUAGUAAUCCGUCAUGGGAGAUGUGUUAGUGUUACCCAUUGUUGAAGUAAAGCGUCUUCCUUAUCUGCUGCCUCUUCACUUUCGAACAUACAAAGUCCAGUGCGAUAUCCUUGUAAAGCAUUUAUUUGUUGAUGUGCUUCGAAAAAAAUGUUGUCACACUCAAGCUCACGGGUACUUUCUACUCUUUACACUGUACCAAAAAAAUUGUUGGAAAAGAAG